CGUAGUCUAAAUGGACAGAUCCCAAUAGUCUAAAUUUAGACCACCAGGCAGUGCCCACUCAGGAAGGUCUUCCCUGCCUUCCAGCAAAGCAACCGCUCCUUUGUUUCAAAAUCAACCAAUCGUGUAAUCUAAAAAGAGCGGCUCGUGUGUAGUAGUUUCUGUUCUCACUGUUUCGACGCUAUGGCUGAACGACAAGUAACUUAUCGCAAAAUUACUGACAAACAAAGAGAGACUUUGAAGAAGUAUUAUGAUGAUUACGGAAUGGUUAGCAAAGGUGCUCGAUAUUUAAAGCUUAUCGAGGAAUGUUCGAAAGAAACUGGUCUUACUACGGAGCAAGUCAAGGUAAGCUGCGUUUGUUGAUAUCAUUUUGUAAUUGUUUAGCGCAAUCCCGUUGUGAUAGCAUGCGGUUUUGAUUACGGUUAAAUAUAAAUAAAUUGUCUUCUUUUAAAUAUCAUAUUUGAUAAACUUAAGAUGUGGAUGCGCUGUUUCUUAAGUGCCUCACGUUUCUUCGUUUUUGUUGAGAGGUCAACUCUAAUAGUUUGAUAACCUUAGACAAAGCCCGGAACAAAGGCAUGUUUAGUUAAUAAUAGUUCAAUUAAACGCGUAAAGGAUGCAGAUCGUCACUGGCCAAAAUGCAAAUUAUAGAGUAAAAGAACUUGUUUGUGGCACUCAAAGUACAACCGUCGUGCUACUAUAGACCAACGAACUAUAUAUAAAACUCCUGUUGCUCACAUUUUAAACUUGGAGCGAUGGCGCUGGGUAGUCAAUCUUCAGUCUUCGAUUUUUAAAAAACUCUAACCUAUAUUUCUUAAUGCAGUCGACCGUAACAUAGUGGCGUGGUGUAUUUGAGUUCUGAUCAUCAAAAGUAAUAAAGCGACCGUCGUUUGGCAGGUUUUUAUGCUUUGUAGAGGAAAGAAGCGUUGCGCGCGGAUGUGAAUAAAACACCCCUCUCUGGAAUUGAACUGAAUGCACAAAUUAAUGUAUCUCUCUUUUGGCUAGUUUAAUAGAUUUAACUGCAUGUUAUAGGACCUUUACUUAUUCAACUUUGUUUGGGUCGACGGAAAUUCCUUAACGCGGUGUAGAUUUCUGAAGCUUACGUCAUGCUUCUUCACAAAUUGAUCCCACAAUGCAUUGCAGAUCGAGUUCGGCGAUGAUAACUGUGCGUUGUAUACUUUCGAUUUAUAUUGUUGUACUUUAAAAUAAUCGAAAUCUUAUUUAAAAUGCAGAAAUGGAUUGGUAAUUUUACUGCGAAAAGAAAAAAAGAAAGCCAUCAAAUUGAUGAAGAUCAGCCAGAACCAUCCAAAAAGAUCAAACUACCAUCUUACAGGAAGGCUGCCUCUGGCUACAACCGCUUUUGUGCCGAAUAUUUCAAGUCAGAGACUAUGAUAACUUCUCAGUCGUUGAAAAACAAAGCAGCAGCAACAGCUUGGAGAGAAUUGACAGACGAAGAAAAAGAAGAGAUAAAUAAGAAAGCCAAGGAAUCAUCAAAUAUUGAUCCCCAAAAACUGAACACAGAAGAAAAAUCUAAACUYAUCAAGACUCAUCUAAAGCAGAUAGUAAAAGAGGUCGAGUUUAUUGAGCAAAUUGGAGGAGAAAUCGCAGGCGUGAUGCUUCUACCGACAGGAGAGGUUUGCUGUUUGGGCUCAACAGCAGGACUCAAUUUUUUAAGUAACAAUUCGGACAUAGACCUAAAGUUUAGAAAACAUUUUGCAUGCCCUGAGCAACCACAAAGAUAUACUGAAAAAGACCUGACUCAGCUAUUUCAAAAGAAAUACAGUGAACUUGUGGGUCAUUGUUGUGGCGAAGUGCCAUGGAAACGGGACAACUUUAAAGCUGCGGGGAUGCCUGAAGGCAUUGCAUUAAAGAGGCCCUGUUUCUAUGGCUCAAAGCAAAUACAAGCAAUCAUGAAAAAGUCUCAUGAUAUUAAGUUUGUUUUCAAAGAUGAAAUGGAGGAAGCAGCUCCAGAAAUUGAAUCAGACGUGGAUAUUGCAGAUGUCAGGACAGUGCUAGAGGCUAUUGUUGGCAAAGAAGUCGCCAACCGUGCACUCACAGAUGGCAACAGCCUUAUUGACGAGUAUGAAGUUGAAGUAGUUGACCUUGCAAUGCCUCAAGACCUUAACUUCAAGUUGCACAUGUGUGAAAAGUAUUUCACAAAGGAUGCUACACUCUCAGUUUGUUUGAACUUGAGUCAUAGUAAAGUCAUAAGUGAUUUGAUUCUACCAACAUACACCACAGAAAAUCCAUUCUGGCUUUUCUUUUGCAACGAAAGUCCAGCCAAAAUCGUUGAAAUGGCCAAAAAGAAGCCUUCCUCGCGUAUAAGUGGGCAUUGGUUUGAUCUUGACCCAAUAAGUGGCCAGUACAGCUUACAAAAGGCAAGGGCGUCUAUAGCAGUCAAAAGCAUCAUCAAAAGUAGUCUAGGUGGCAUUGUUUACCAUCAAUGGAAUAGAGAUGCUCAUGAUCUCACUUAUAGACCACCAAUUGAUAUGGUGAAUGCCAUCAACCACAUUCUUACUCAACAGGGCUAUUUAUGAAUACUACAGCUAUAGACAACA